CAAUCGGGGAGCGCCGUAACGACCGAGGCAGCAUUUUAAACUUGUAGCGGAGACUGUUGUCAAAAGGCAGGACGGGGCGACGCUGCGGCCACCGAGGGACGAGCUCCGGCGAUUAAAUUAACGUCUACCGCAGUUUUUAAUACCGAAUUUUCAUAUUUACAUUCGCUCCUACAACUUCGAAGGGUGCCCGACGUCCACUUAUUCUCGAAUUCGGCGGUGCACUGGAGCGAGCUAGCGAGCGUCCGGGAGUGAACCGACACGGACACGGACACCGACUCGAGGCCGGCAGCGACACGUUGAGCGGCCGCAAGAGUUUUACAACGUUCCCCCCUUCCGAAGACGACGUGAGGCCGAGUGCAACAUGAGCGCAGCUGCCCCGCGGCCGGCGAACCCGUCGGCGCACGUCGACCCCAAGUCGGCGCCGCUCAAGGAGAUCCCCGACGUGCUGGUGGACCCCCGCACCACCAGACGCUACACGAGGGGCCGCUUCCUCGGCAAGGGCGGCUUCGCCAAGUGCUACGAAAUCACGGACGUGGAGACGAAGCAGGUGUUCGCCGGCAAGAUCGUGCCCAAGUCGCUCAUCCUGAAGCAGCACCAGCGCGAGAAGAUGACCUCGGAGAUCGCCAUCCACAAGAGCCUCGACCACGCCAACAUCGUGGGCUUCCACGGCUUCUUCGAGGACGACGACUUCGUGUUCGUCGUGCUGGAGAUCUGCCGGAGGAGGUCCCUGUUGGAGCUGCACAAGCGUCGUAAGGCUCUGACCGAGCCGGAGGCUCGCUACUACAUGACGAAGAUGCUCAAGGGCGUUCAGUACCUGCACAACAACCGGGUCAUCCACAGAGACCUGAAGCUGGGCAACAUCUUCCUCAAUGAUGACAUGGAGGUCAAGAUAGGGGACUUUGGCCUGGCCACUAAGAUCGAGUUUGACGGCGAGCGGAAGAAGACCUUGUGCGGAACGCCCAACUACAUCGCACCAGAAGUGCUGUGUAAGAAAGGCCACAGCUACGAAGUGGACGUCUGGUCGCUCGGGUGCAUAUUGUACACGUUGUUGGUGGGCAAGCCCCCAUUCGAGACUUCCUGUCUGAAGGAGACCUACAACCGCAUCAAGAAAAACAACUACACCAUCCCAUGGCACAUCAACCCGGCCGCAUCUUCUCUCAUCAAGAGGAUGCUGCACGCCGAUCCCACCCAGAGGCCCACCGUCGCCGAGGUGACGGCGGACGAGUUCUUCACAUCGGGCUACAUUCCCUUACGCCUGCCCACCACCUGCCUCACCGUCCCCCCGCGGUUCUCCAUCGCUCCCUCCACGGCUAUGGAGCUCAGCCAGAGACGCCCCCUGACCGCCAUUAACAACAUGGCAGGGACGGACAAGGUGGAAGCUAAAGACGAGGCCCUGCAGAGGGAGCCUGAGCCGUCAGAGUGCCACCUGAAAGACAUGCUGCAGCAGCUCAACACCAUCAUCGCUGCCAAGCCGUCCGAAAGGCCGUUCAUACGCCAAGAAGAGGCAGAGGAUCCCGCGUGUAUCCCCAUCUUCUGGAUCAGCAAGUGGGUCGACUACUCCGAUAAAUAUGGAUUAGGCUACCAGCUCUGUGACAACAGUGUGGGCGUGCUGUUCAACGAUUACACACGCUUGAUCAUGUACACCGACGGAGACAGUCUGCAAUACAUCGACAAGACGGCGGCCGAGUCCUACCUCAGCGUGCGCUCUUUCCCCAAUGCUCUCAACAAGAAGAUCACGCUGCUGAAAUACUUCCGCAACUACAUGAGCGAGCACCUGUUGAAGGCCGGAGCAAACAUUGCGCGGCGGGAAGGCGACGAGCUGGCGAGGCUGCCGUAUCUCUCCCUCUGGUUCAGAACCAAGAGCGCCAUCGUGCUGCACCUCACCAACGGCACCGUUCAGAUCAACUUCUUCCAGGACCACACCAAGCUGAUCCUGUGUCCGCUGAUGGGCGCCGUGACCUACAUCGACGAGAAGCGCGACUUCCGCACCUACAAGCUGUCGCUGCUGGAGGAGUUCGGCUGCUGCAAGGAGCUGGCGAGCCGCAUGCGCUACGCCAAGCUCAUGGUGGAGAAGCUGCUGGAGAGCAAGCCCCCCGCCGCCGCCGCGCAGUAGACCCCGCCCCCCAAAGUCAACAAUCACCACUUCUGUCUUUAAUCACGGCCUCUGUCGUCCAGCCUCUCUCGGUGGACUCAAAUCCUCUCGUAUUUUUAUCAAUGGGUUUCAGUCGGAUGGUUUUUAUUUCAUCUUCGAGGCGUCGACAUGCACCACGACAAUUCACCGGUGUGUUGUACAUGAAUAUGAAUUUCAGUCUCCCCGGGGUUAUUGUCAUGAUUUGUUUUCAAUUGUUAAUAGACACUCGCGUGAACUCUUAUUAUCUUGACAAACACGUUCCCGCCGAUGUAAUCCAAGUUGGCCGGAUCGCUUUCUGACCCCUUUUUUAAAAAUAAAAAAAAACGAGUCUAUUAGGGAAAGUUGAACCUUCUGUGCCACCCGUCGUCCGAUUUCAUCGAACCGUUGAAUCGUUCCUCUGUGAUGCUCAUUUUCCUCAUGGUUUCUUUGCAUUGGUUCAGGAAUCUGUGGCGUUUAGAGCAAAGUAAGCGUCACAGCAAGCGUGUUGUGGGAUUUGUGAGUUGUGUGCUUGGACGAAUCUUCUCGUUUGUCUGUUUUAUCUGUGUUGUAUGUAGAGAAAUGGACCGUGUCCACGUCUUCAUCAUGUACAUUCUUCCUGUACUUUUACUCCUUUUUAUGUCUUUUUAGAAGUCUUUUUCAACAAGAUGUUCAAACCUGUACAUACUGCUGAAUACAUACAUGUUGUAAAGAUGGUUUAAUUUUACUCAAGUUUAAAUAAAGAUUGUUUUGAACAAGACAAA